UAACUCGAGGUCCAGACUGUCAUGGCGGCAGGACGGCGACCUUGCAAUUUCUCCCUGGCCCACCCCAGUGUCAGCAACUUCAGAAUGUGGCAACUCUCAAGCCUCUUCCUGUUGGUGACCAUCUGGGGAACUUCCGCCACACCAGCUCCUCCUGACUCAGUGUUCUCCAGCAGAGAGCUCGCCCACCGGGUGCUGCGGAUCCGCAAGCGAGCCAACACCUUCCUGGAGGAGCUCCGGGCCGGCAGCCUGGAGCGGGAGUGCGUGGAGGAGAUCUGUGACUUGGAGGAGGCCCAGGAGAUUUUCCAAAAUGUGGAUGACACACUGGCCUUCUGGGCCAAGUACAUCGACGAGGACCAGUGCGUGGCCCCACCCCCCGAUCACCCGUGCGACAGCCCGUGUUGCGGGCACGGCAAUUGCAUCGACGGCAUCAGCGCCUUCCGCUGUGACUGCGACCCGGGCUGGGAGGGCCGCUUCUGCCUAUACGAGGUGAGCUUCUCCAACUGCUCGCUGGACAACGGCGGCUGCGCGCACUACUGCCUGGAGGAGGAGGGCGGGCGCCGCUGCAGCUGCGCGCCGGGCUACAAGCUGGGGGACGACCACCUGCAGUGCGAGCCCACGGUGAAGUUCCCCUGUGGGAGGCCAGGGAGGCGAAUGGAGAAGAAGCGCAAGACUGUGAAACGUGACACAAGCCAAGCUGACCAAAUAGAUCCAAGGCUCGUCAAUGGGAAGCUAUCCGGAUGGGGGGAGAGCCCCUGGCAGGUGAUCCUGCUGGACUCAAAGAAGAAGCUGGCCUGCGGGGCGGUGCUCAUCCACACGUCCUGGGUGCUGACAGCGGCCCACUGCAUGGAGGACUCUAAGAAGCUCAUGGUCAGGCUCGGUGAGUAUGACCUGCGGCGCAGGGAGAAGUGGGAGAUGGACCUGGACAUCAAGGAGGUCCUCAUGCAUCCCAACUACAGCAAAAGCACCUCAGACAAUGACAUCGCACUGCUCCGCCUGGCCCAGCCCGCCAUCCUCUCACAGACCAUCGUGCCCAUCUGCCUCCCUGACAGUGGCCUUGCGGAACGUGAGCUCACCCAGGCUGGCCAGGAGACGGUGGUGACUGGCUGGGGCCAUCGCAGCGAGACCAAGAGAAACCGCACCUUUGUUCUCAACUUCAUCAAGGUCCCCGUGGUCCCUCAAAACGAGUGCAUCAAGGCCAUGCACAACAUGAUCUCUGAGAACAUGCUGUGUGCGGGCAUCCUUGGGGACUCACAGGAUGCCUGUGAGGGCGACAGUGGGGGGCCUAUGGUUGCAUCCUUCCGCGGCACCUCGUUCCUGGUGGGCCUGGUGAGCUGGGGCGAGGGCUGUGGGCGCCUCCACAAUUAUGGCGUUUACACUAAAGUCAGCCGCUACCUUGACUGGAUCCACAGCCACAUUAGAGCUGAGGAGGCCUCGCUCGAGGGCCAGGUGCCUUAGCUUCCCUCAGGCUUGUGUCUGGAGCCCAGAGGCCACUCCUGGAACGGGGUGGGGGAGUGGGGCUGGAUGGCUGAAUGCAACAGUUGAGACAUUAAAGGGGACAUGUAACAAGCACA